GGCCCAGUUAACGGUCGCACUGAUUCAAGAAUUUUACGUUGGACGGACGCUUCGAUGCACAAAUAAAAUUUUUAAAUAAAUCGGGUGCAACGGCCAAUCGCGCAAUCAGUGGCUUAAAUCAGCGAGUUUUUGUCCUGUAAAAUUAAAAAAAAAAAAAUCGAAAAAUAUAGUGCGACAAUCGAGUGUUUCCAAAUAAGUGUGCAAAGGCGGAAAAGUGCAGUCGAGACUGCAGUUCGGGGUUCCUUUGAAAAAGAGCAUCUAAAGUGGUUGAAAAACCAGUUAAAUCAAAUCCACUUUUAAAGGAGUUAUUCGUUGAAACAAUUUAAUCCGCCAUGGGUCUCAACGGCUGCUGUUCGUGCGUCAAAUAUCUGAUGGUCCUUAUAAACAUCUUAUUCUGGCUCAUUGGCCUGACCAUCGUGAUCACCUCCGUUUGGAUGCUGACAGAUCCUACAUUCAUACUGUCGAUGACACAAUCCUACAAUCAUUACCAUAUAGCCCUCUACGUUUUCCUUGCCAUCGGCAUAUUGAUCACAUUGGGCGCAUUCUUUGGCUGUUGCGGGGUUUGUCGAGAGUCGCAAUGUCUGCUGGUUUCGUUUUUCUGUGUUAUACUCAUCGUGAUGGUGGCACAGAUUGCAGCCGGAGCCUGGGCCUUCCACAACAAAGACAAGCUGGACGACAUCGUGCGGGCGGCAGUAAAGUCGUCGGUUCAGGAGGAGUAUGGUCAGUCAACAAUGAGUUCACGCACCGUCACCUACGAUGCUCUGCAAAAGAAUUUGAAAUGCUGCGGUGCCGAUGGACCUGGAGAUUGGGCCACAAGUCGUUUUAAUAAUGUAGAUCGCACAAAUAUUGUAGAGAUCGCUGUGUCUUCCAUGAAUGUCUUCUAUAACAUACCCGAGUCCUGUUGCAAGGAUAAUCUAAAGGAUAACGAAUGCGAGUUGUCACGAAGGCUGAAAUUCGGUGGCCCCUUAAACAAUGCUAUCUAUCAGCAGGGCUGCGUGGACAAAUUGAUUGAGAUCGUUUACGAGAAUUGGGUCACUAUCUUCGCCGUUACCGCAGCUGUCAUUCUGCUGGAGCUGCUGUCCCUGACCUUCGCCCUGAGCCUGUGCUGCGCGGUAAGGAACCAGCACUACAAGGCCUGAGAAUUACUGAACUCCCAUAGGGAAAUCACGGACGAUGAGAAGUACUAACAAACCAAAUCGAAACGGAGGCAUACCGAGCGUUAUUACUGAAGACGAGGUGCGAAUGGGGCGAGGCAUUUAGCGGCUAAGGCUAGCGAGAUAAUGCACGGUGUUCCCUGGUCAAUACUUUAACAACAACAACUGACAACAACACAAUUUUGUAGUACUUUUAACAACAACAAGACAAGCGAAAAACAACACGAUCAAGCUGAGCAAUUGUAUUUGAUGGGAUGUGACAACUUUUUGGAGUUUGUGGAAUGUUUUUUUAUCACAAUCCAAAGAGUCUUUGAGUCGACUUUAUAUGAACUUGAUAUGCCAGCAGAGCAGAAACAAACAACUCUUUUUUAACAAAAUAUUUCUACCACAAAAAGAAAAAAACGCAGACAGUAAACUCUACAUAUAUAUGUACGAAAAACAUAAGCAGCUCCAUAAUACUUAGCCUAGCGAGAAAGUUUCGAAUUCAUAGAUACAUACUAUAUAUUAAAUAUAUAGAUCCAAGCAUAAGCACAAAAGUAUAAUGUUAAAUGCCAAAACAAAUGAAAUAUUGUAAAAAAAAACGAAAAAGCAAUCAAAUUUCUUUUACAAUUGAUUUUCUCUCCAUACGAAUUUUGAAUCGAUUACCAAUUUGGUUUUUCUGCGACCAUUUUUGUAUGCUAAACACAAUGCCAAAAGAUAUAUGAAUUCAUAUAUACGUAUGUAUGUAAAAAAAGAAAAUGAUAACAGCAUUCCACAAGAAUGAGAAUGAUUGACAGAUUUUUGUUCUGGCUAAAACGCAUUGCCAUCCAAAGACCCAGCCCAAAAUAUAUAUUUUCAAAUCACUUCUUAACUUUGUGCAAAAUGUUGUGCUAAAUAUCGAAAACUAUUCAAUUCAUAGAGCUUCACGAAAUUAAAAUGCCAAAUAUUUUAUGUAUUUACAAAAUUGUAAUUUAAUUUAUUUACGACUUAUUUAUUUGAGCAUAAGCAAGGAGCAAAAACAAAAUGUUAGGAAAUUAUAAGUAAGUGUUGGCCAUUCUGUUGACAAGCAGCAUUUUGUAUAUUUAUAACUUGUACUAUCCAUCCCCAAGCAUCAAGUUGGUCAAUAUUAACUUACGUCUGUCUAAAACAGAUGUCGAUAUUUUUAUAACCUUGCAGGGGCUAUAGAAUUUUCGACCAAGGUGAUCAGUCUGUCAAUAAUUUAUGUAGAUCAAGUUGAAAAACUGAUAGUUUCUGUGGAUAGGCUUAGAAGUUUGUCAAAAACAUUUAAAUGAUAAUAAUAAGCCUAUUUUGUAAGAUCUGCAAGGUUAUAUUAAAAUGGUUUUAAUUAACUCUUGGCCAUUCUGUUGACCUUUUUCAUCCCACACACUUGAAACUCGAAUUUUGUCGAAUCCAAUUUACCUGCAUCGAUAGAAAUUAUUAUUUUGGCCACUAUUUAUAUGGGAAACCAUCAAGGAAAUCAGCACAAAAUGUUAAAUGAAAAGUACACACGAAAGAAACAAAAAGUCUCUAUAUUUACAUUGUAUUUUUACCAUACACCAUAAACUAAUUAAAGGAUACAUAUAUUUUUUGUAACAUUUUCAUUUUAUUGUUGUUAUAUGUGAAUUUUGUUGUUAGUUAAGCGUAGCCUGAACGUCACACUUUGUACCCCUUCACAACGUUUUAAUAAAUCAAAUCUACAAAAACCAA